AAGGGGAGGGGCUGGUAAAGAUAUGAAGCAAGCUAGCUGCUCUAGCUAGCUAGCCACUGCCUAUAAGGUAGUUGUACGGCCAUGCAGCUUCGACUGGGGGUGCAUGGAGACUGGCGGAGUGUGAGAGUUGAGCUAAUGGAUGGUUGUUGGCCCGCUAUUGACGGCCGUGUGCUGUCAGAGAUGACCCCAGACCCAGCUGUCUGGUUCAAGGUGGCCUCCCUGAGGUGUGUCAGUAUCGACUGUGCUCAGAGUGUAAUCUCAUGGACCUUCCUAUCCAGUGACUCGCGACAGUGUUGUCUAAUGGCCCCCCACCAAGGGACCUCCCCUCCAUCAUGGACGGAUGACUUGGCUAGCGUGUUUGAGUUGGCAGAGGCGUUGUUUGAAGCUGGACACUCUCACACGGACAACCAUCGUAGACACAAAGUGGAACAAAGGACGUGGGGUCGCCUGCUCCAGUCCUAUGUCCUCCCUCUAGUGACCUUUAUGACCUCUGACCGUCCCUCCUUACAAGAGGCACUAUCUAGACAGGUGGAGGCUAUAUCUCAUCUAGACACCACCAUCUCUGAGACUACCACCACACUGAUGCAGGUGAAGGGACGUCUCUCAGAGCUACGUACUGUGUUGCUACCUCAAGCUGUGGAGUGGGCAGAGACUGGACAAGCCUCUCCCUCAUUCCUAGAGCACCUUAUAGCAGACAUCAAACUAGUAGAGGACAAGGCAAGGUCAAAGAUCAAGCGCUCCUGUCAGAGCCCCGUGCUGGCCACUGGGAGGAAGUCCACUACUGACAGUGAGCAACUGCUAGUGGACAUGUUGACAAUACGUUCUCAGUUGGUUGAGUGCCUGGUAUCACUGGGGGAGGGGCCAGUGGGGGGAGUCCCUGACACACAAGGCACUUACAUUCGUCUACACGAGGAGCUCGACUCACUCAGACACAUUGCAACUGCCUACUCUGACAAGAAGUUGCUUGCUCUGAGUGUGCGGGAGUGUCUCUCCCAGGCUCAGCGUGGUGUGGGGACCCUGGGGACAUGUAUGGGACAGCAUCAACAAGAGCACGGUCUCACCACAUUAGACUAUCAGACCAGCAGAGACAAGCUCAACAUUGUACUCAGCAUGCCUGAUACACCAGUGGCAAAGCUGCACUCUGAAUUCUGCUCAGAAUUCCACAGCACCUGGUUUGAUGAGUUUGUGUUAGUGAAUGUUCCCUCUGCCACCUCUUCCCCACCACCAUCUAGUGUAUGGCUGGGUAAUGGAGACACCUCUCAUCUCCUCGUGCAGACAGUCAAGAGACACUUUGACAAGAUGCUUGAGGUGAUAGCUGACCACUUCAAUAACCAUGACACAGACUUUGCUCAGAGGAUGCAGCUGGCUUAUGAGAAGGUCUUCUUUGACAGCUUCCACAAAGACUUCACUACAAUGUACACAAGCUUAGAGAGCAAGUUGUGUGAACGUCUUCAAUUCAACUCUCUGGGAGCUUCUCUGUUGACCCCUGACCCCAACACGCCCCCUUCUAUUGCUGCACUAUUCCCACCACUGAACUUUGAACUUGUCAUGCAACGCUAUCAGGAGAUCAAAGGAGACGCUACACCGUUGCCAUGGCAAUCAACAUGCUCACAGAACUAUAUGGAGUACUUUGGUGGAAUGACCUUCGACCUUGAGUGUCUAUCACACGCCCACGCACCUUUGGAGAAGCUACAACUGCUGACAUCAGCAUUCCGCAAGACUAUGACAUCACUGAGUGCUCUACAGUCGAGUGCUGUGUGCUGUGAUGACCUACUGCCAGUGUUGAUAAUGGCUCUCAUAAGAACUCACCCAACAUUACUAGUCAACAUCCAUAUCAAUACAAGAUUUUUAGACGAUUUUAUUGCCCCUUUUUUAAGUUCUGGUUGGCAUGGUUACAGUUUAACUUGUUUUUCAUCUGCUAUUAGAAUCAUUAUUGACAUUUAAUGACUGUCUCAAAAAACUAUAUUGUUCAACAAGUGAG